AUCAAGUGGAGGCUGCGCUGCUACUGAUACAACACUUAACUGUCUCGCCGCUGCGUCCUCUGUCUCAGGUGGUUCUAGUCUUUGUCAUGUCCCGAGAACGAGUAAUUCUGGUAAUUGGCGGGGGUUCCUAUCUCGGAGUGAACAAAUACGAAGCACUCGUAGUAGUUUUGGGAAUGAUGGGAGUAAACCCGAACGUAGUAGCGGUACGAGUUCCGCUGGUAACGGAG